AUGAGUGCUCGCGAUGCCGUCGGCGGCCUCGCCGUUGCCAUGGGGACGCUGGGCCGCCGGCAGCGCCUGGAGAACUCGGAGUUCACGGUGCGCGUGUACCCGGGGGCCCUGGCGGAGGGCACGAUCUACUGCCCCAUCAGCGCCCGCAAGAGCACCACGGCGGCGGAGGCCAUCGAGCGCGUGCUGGAGCGGCUGCGGCUGGACCGCGCGCGCUGCUACGUGCUCGCCGAGGUCAAGGAGUUCGGCGGCGAGGAGUGGAUCCUGAACCCGGGCGACUGCCCCGUGCAGAGGAUGCUUCUGUGGCCGCGCGGAGCCCUGGAGCCAACGACCAGUUCCACCACUACCUCCGACUACCGGUUCCUGCUCCGCCAGAAGAACCUGGACGGCUCCAUCCACUAUGGCGGCAGCCUCCAGAUGUGGCUGAGGGUCACCGAGGAGCGGCGCCGAAUGGUGGAGCGCGGCCUCUUGCCGCCGCCGAGGCCGGUUGCCCACGGCGACCACGCGGACCUGUGCGGCCUGCCGCAGCUCAGCGAGCGCGCGCUGCUGGACAACCUGCGCGCGCGCUUCCACCAGGAGAAGAUCUACACCUACGUGGGCAGCAUCCUCAUCGUCAUCAACCCCUUCCGGUUCCUGCCCAUCUACAACCCGAAGUACGUGAAGAUGUACGACGACCACUCGCUGGGAGACCUGGAGCCGCACAUCUACGCCGUGGCCGACGUGGCGUACCACGCCAUGCUGCAGCGCCAGAGCAACCAGUGCAUCGUCAUAUCCGGGGAGAGCGGCUCCGGGAAGACGCAGAGCACCAACUUCCUCAUCCACCACCUCACCGCGCUCAGCCAGAAAGGGUUCGCCAGCGGGAACCAGAAACAGGUCCGGUUACCUCACGUGAACGAGGCUCCGGGGCCCAGAAAUCUGAGCGCAGAAUUGGCCCGGGGAGGUUCCGGCUGA